UCACUCGUCAAAUGAAAACUGCAUGGAUCUUGUACAUCAGUUUCUUCACCACAAAGCCUCAUCUUUGUUAGUAUUGGACUUUCUCGCGGAACUUUGCACGGUGUCGAGGGAAUUCAGUCUGCUUCUUACGGGACAAACAAAAUGGAUAGUUUCAUUAACAAAGUGUUUGACAAGUUGCAGUGGAAAGGAAGCUGAUUGCGAAGAGACGUUUUCUGUAUUACAAAUUUUGUGCAGUAUGGUAACAAAUGCGGAGAAUAUACCUAUCGAGAUUUACGAUUGCACAGACCAUAUUGUCUCCAUUUUCACCGAGUCAAGUGUUUUUAUGAUCGAAGCUCUAUCGGCUUUGUUGCUUGCUAGACUUACCAGUUCAGAUCCCAAAGUACAGCUUGAUCAGAGUGAACAGCUUCUAGACACCAUCGCUACAGCAUUAGCAGAAAUUCCACAGAAUCCACAGAUGUUGGGUAGAGUCAAUGGUGGUCUUCUCGAUGGCUUCACACAACUGCUGGAAUAUUGCCUCACACAGGAUAGUGGGUCUAGGUUGCAUUACCAAGUUGUUGAAAGCGGUCUGUGGAACAGUGUAUGGUGUGCGGUUGGUCUUGUUCUGAACUCUGGACCAGAAGAAUCAAUACUUUUGAGAGAUUUGGAAGCUAUGCCGGAAGAAGUGGACAUCAGAGUGGGUGUUGUGCAGUGGGGAGUAACGUCACCUAAUGGCAUUGAACAUCUCUUACGUGUUUCACAUCACCUGUUUACCAAAGUCCCACUCCAAAGUAUAUUGAAGUUUAUUGAACCUCCUUCAUAUGCAGUAUCUUGUUUGACAAGAAUGCUUACAACACCGUUUGUGGAGCAGCUUUCGAAACAUUUAGCUAGUUUUUCGUAUGAAAAGAAAGGAGAAGAAGGAGAGGUCCUUCAGGCUUUUAUGAGAAAGAUCAUCAAGAUAUUCUACUUCCCGUUUGCAGUUGACAUAGAGGAACACCUCCUUCACGAUGCACUAAGUGUUUUUUACGAAUACCGACUAAUUCCUAACCUGCUGGAGUUUUCAUCAAAGUUUUUGCCUGUAGAAGACUUGGAACUUGCUCUGGGUCUGAUCGCCAGGUUGGUUCUUAGUGAUGAGAUCUUUGUAACACAACUGGCAAGAGAUGUCACAAACCAAAAGGUUGAACCUUUCCUAGCUUCACUGAUGUCAGCGGAAAACUCUGUCACUCUCUUGAAUGACGUCAUUGCGAUUCUGAGUCAUGUAUCUCGAAGUUCUUCGGAGUAUGUUUCCAUGGUUACACGGGUCUUGCAAGGUGAUCGAGAGUCAUAUGAGCCGCUGUUCAAUUUGCUCACACACACGAGUUCUGCUGUCAGUGCGAACGCUUGUGGCAUGUUGGGUAAUAUACUAAAACACUCUGCAGUUUUUUAUCCUGUUCUUCAAAGAACGAAUUUGUUGUCAACUUUAAUCAGCUGUCUGAAGAGUGAUGACGCCAAUAUUCGAAAGGCCGCCAGUUUUGCUGUAGGAAACGCAGCAUGUCAUAGUGACUUACUUUACACCGCUCUGAGCCCAGCUGUGCCUUUUUUGGUUGGCUUACUUACGGACUUGGUCGCAAGAACUCGAGCCAAUGUAGCAGGAGCUCUAGGUAAUUUGGUGAGACAUUCGCCAUCGCUCUAUCAACAGUUAAUCAAGACACAAGCACCACAUGGUGUUCUCGACAUGGCUUGCAAUGACGGACACGCCGAGCCUCAGGAUGCAGCCUUGAAGACUCUAAGACUUUUCUGUAGAAAUCCUCGGUGCAGACAGGUCCUUGUAUCUCUUGGUAUUCAACAACGACUUCUCAGGUUUCUGGAAAGAUCCCGAAUGUCUGGGGCCUGCAGUCAGCAAUCUAGCGUUUCUUCAGUUCCCAGUACCGCGCGGACUAAUGAUAGUGUAGUGUCUGAACACUGUGUUCGCAUACUGAACAAGCUAAAAACACGAGGAAGCGACGCGUAAGAAAACUUAAAAGAGUGUAGAACCAUCACUACCAUGAUGAAGGCUGCGGAGACCUGAAUUGUUGAAGUAAAAAUGUAGAGCAGCGUUUGACAAAAAGGAUUGAACACACUCUUACUUUCAAGAGUGACAUAGGCAACUUACAACUUGCUCUGGUCAUUGGGGUGUUUUGCGAAUGAGUGUCGUAAAAUCGAGGCUAGGAUCAUAACAACAGCAGAACGAUAUGACAAGGGGCCAGUAAUGGAUAUUCCGAACUAGAAUGAGCGAAACUGCGUAAAGCGCCGAUAAGCGUGAGUGUCGAAAAUGCGACAUGUCUUGGUUUUUACAUAUGGACUGGUCGAUGGGAACAUACAAAUUCUCUAAACCAAUCACAGAGCAUAUUCAUGCAUAUCCAACGAAAUCCUUGUUUACUGUUUACACUCUACCUAACAAAGACUUUCUUUACGCACAGAAGGGUGAAAAUUCUUUCAGUGAAAAACUAGCCAUGGGAGGGACGGACUUUUAUUGACAAGCAACUACAGUUAACCCUUCGGUUAUCACGUGAGAGGCAUAAGGUAUGACAGGAGAGAUGUAAGGGUACUAGUUGACAUACGUAAGGUUAUCACAAAAUCAUGCAUGUUUGCGUUGAACGCAGAAAGAAAUCACUGGGCCUGCUGCUCUUUGGCCAUUGCGUUGAGGGGAUUAUCAGAAGUGCGGAUGUGAAAAAUCUAUCGUUAUUUCACAAUUUCAACACAAUAGAGUAACUCAUCAGCUGAACGGAGUUCUCUUGAUACAGCAUCAAAUUCUCUGAAAUGUAUUUCAAGAAAAUUUAAAGCAGUCAGAAAGGAUAAUUAUAAAUCAGAUCCUGGAAGCCAAGGGUUAGAAGAUCGAUGAAUGGGUAAUGCUUGGCUGUUUAGUUCUGGCCAGCGGCUGUAUUUCUUCAGAUUGGAUUACGACCUGGAAGGUUAAAGCUAAAGACGACGUCGCACACAGUUAUUCAGAUGUUUGUCAUUUUUCUUGGCGGCCAACGACGGUAGAGAGUUCAUUGAAUCUCUGGGAACGCAGAUUUGGACAGAGAUGCCAUUUCUUACAAUCGGACUCAAAGGAAAAUACUGUAUAUAUUAAAAACUGUAUGUUUACUGUUAGCUAAAUUAACAGAAGUUAUUUAUGACUUAAUAGUUUUAUUUCAUUGACAAAUGCAAGAGUUGACGCUCACGUCCGUGUAGGAACAAUCGUCAUUCAAAAAUAGAUUUUAUUUUGUCAGGUCAACUUUUUGAGGACAGGUGUUGAAAUGUAUGUCACGCGGAAAAAUAAAGUGUACAACAACAAAGAA